UGCAAACGUAAAUCAUUAAUUUGUAAUAGACGUAUACACAUUAUUGAUGCUCAAAUCUAUUUUAUUUUUUAGUAUGCAUCCACUCAAAUAUUAAUCCAUUAACAAGAUGGAAUUUUAGUUGGACUAAAAUUGUAUUAAAAUUGGAAUAUCAAUUUCAUAAUAUAUUCACUAUUCAUCUGAACGUUCAUGAAUAUAUAUUACAAUACUCUAAAUAUAAUAAUAAAUCAAACCGGAUUACAUAUUGGGUCAUCUAUCAGUUCAACCGAUAACCAGAUCUCGGGUUUUAGCGGUUGUUACGGGUUUUAUAGAAUUUUAAAUAAGAGUUAAAAAAAAAACUAAAAUGGAUUACAUAUGAACCACAGAAUUUGGCAAUUUAAUUGCGGGUCGGGUCGGAUUUCAAGACAUUGAAUAUAAUUUUUCAUUUGUAAUAUCUAAGUGUAGAUACAAUUAAAAUACAAAUUUUUAUCAAAUAAAUUUGGAAUGUUUUGAAAAUAAUCCCGCGCUUUGAAAGCGCGGAUCAAAAUCUAGUAUUCAUUUAAAAGUUGGUCACAACUCUUAUUUUGGCAUACUAGUGAUACUACACAUGUUUCAUCAUUUUAUAACAGUAUUUCAAAAUAUUAUAUACUAGCAUAUCCUUUUUGUAGAAGAUUAUCUGAUAUUUUACAGUAUUUUUCCGUAUCUCUAGAUCUGUUCUAAUUUACCAUAUCAAAACUGGAUCAAACGAAUUAUAUGAUAUCCUAAAAACUAAACCAUGGACAAAUUCUUAUAUGAUCAAUAGGUAUUGCAAAUGAAUUUUGGAACAAUAAAUAGUCGAAUGAUCAAAUACAAAUAUUUUAACUAAAUAUAACUUUUAUAAAAACAUAAAAUAUUAAAUUUGGUUUUAAUUUAUUAAUAUCUUAUGGUAAUUUUGAGAAAUAAAACUUAUAUACAAUUACAAAUGCCACUAAAUUUAGUUCCUAAAAAUUCACUUGACUAUGCAUAAUUUGUCAACUAAUAUAAACUUCAUGGAUACUAAUUUUUUCUUUUUGGACAAAUGUGGUUACUAGUUUUAGCUAUUAAAAUUUAUGGUAAAUACAAAAUACAUUUAGAUUAAUUUAUUUGAUAUUGAACAAGUAUUCGUGUCCAAAUGUAUGAGUCGCACGUGUGAUUGCGUACAUAGGCACGCACCCUAUCCUUUCGUAUUAGUUCAGAAGUCAUUUUCACCAACCAAACGCAACAUCCCCAGGACUCUUUUCUCUGAGCCUCUGCGACAGAUUUAACAAAGUAAGACUAAAUAUAUUUCUUGACCUUAAUCAUUAUUUACUAGAUUAAUCUUGUUAAUAUAGGAAACUCAUUUUAGAUAAUUGACUCGCAGUUGAUCAAUUGUGUAUUUUAAAAUGAACACUACGAUAUAAAAUUUAAAUGAACAAUUGCCUACAUAUGUAUGAUAAUAUAUAAAAUCAUAGAUAAAAUAAGAUACAAAAGUUCCUCUCUAACUGUUGAACUUUCCCCAUCAUGAUACAUAUGUUAUAUAUGUACCUUAAAUAUUAUCUAUAUGUACAUAUGAAGCACAUGCAUGAUACUCUUAUUCAGACCCUUUUUUUUUGUUCAAACUAAACUUUCGUUAGAAAUUUAAAAUAGUUCAACUUCACAAGGAGAAUACAUCAAAGCCACUAGACUGAAACAUUGCUAAACAAAAGAUAAAUUGACGAUACACAUCGUAACAAUAGACCAUAAGAAAUCGAAUAACAAAGAUUUCAUAGUCUUCUUGAAUAACUGCAUACCGUAUAUACGUGCGAAGCACAUGCAUGAUACUUAUUUAGACCAUAUACUCCUUUAUUUUUUCUAUUAUUAACUACGAAGAAGUGUUUGAUCAAAAAAAAAAAAACUAUGAAGAAGUGAAGAAUGGUAUAUAUAUACGAUACGUUACAUCAUAAAUUCUAAACAGAUUCCAAUUCUUUUUCUUUCUUUUUUUUUCUGAAAAAGAGACGGUAAUAAAUAUUUUGGUGGUUCUUUUUAGUGACUAUAAAGAAAUAUCAAGACAACAUCAUCGCUUGUAUAAAGAAACCUUUGCUUACUUUCCAUUUUUAACAUGCAUAUAUUAUAUAUUGAUAUGUUAAUAUAUUGAUUUUCGACUAUCACGUGUGAUUUUCAAACCACUAAUAUAUAUAUAUAUAUACUGUAUAUGCAAUCAAAAAUAAAUUUAAUCAUUCAUUUUUACGUGUUUUAACAUAGUAUAAUUCCUUUUAACAAAUUAUACGUUAUUUUGCAUGCUAGGGUAUAUAAAUCACGCACCCCCAAAACUUCCAAUGUGAACCUGGCUAACGCACCAUAUUUUUAACAUCAUUUUAAUGUUUCUAACCACAUCUCUUAUAUUUUCUAAAGUUGUUUUUGUCAUGAUGACACUAAUUUUUUUGUUAUGUUCUAGAAUUAAUAGGGUUAAUGAAAACCCUUAUAUAUGCAAAUGCAAAGUUAUUAAUUUAUUUAUUAACAAUUUUGGGAAAAUGUGUGGUUAUAAGGUUAAUUAUAUAUAGGUGGGUGAGCUUUGGUAAGCUUUUGACAUAUCUUGCAAGAGAUUUUCCAUCCUCAAUACCUUUAAUCUUCGCACCUCUCUUCCCUCUCCCAACUCUCUAUUACUUCACAAUCCCUUCGAACAUAUAUGCAAUCAAACAUAUUUAUACGCAAUAAUAUUUAAUGGGGAGGCAGCCAUGCUGUGACAAGUUAGAGGUGAAGAAAGGGCCAUGGACAACGGAGGAAGACAAGAAGCUCAUAAACUUCAUACUCACCAACGGCCAUUGUUGCUGGCGUGCUUUGCCAAAGCUGGCCGGUCUCCGCCGCUGUGGGAAAAGCUGCCGCCUCCGGUGGACCAACUACCUCCGGCCUGACUUGAAGAGAGGCCUUCUCUCUCACGAUGAGGAACAACUUGUCAUCGAUCUACAUGCUCAUCUCGGCAACAAGUGGUCUAAGAUAGCUUCAAGGUUACCCGGAAGAACAGAUAACGAAAUAAAAAACCAUUGGAAUACUCACAUCAAGAAAAAACUUGUUAAGAUGGGAAUCGACCCUGUGACUCAUCAACCUCUCAACCAAGAACCUAAUAACACUGAUAAUCCCAAUAGUAGUUCUUCAACUUCAGAUAAUAUCUUAAUGGAACCAAAGAGCAGAAGCCCCAAAAACGUACAGACUAAUAGCACGACUACAGAAGACGAAAGCAGCAGCACUGCUACUGGUCAAAACAGUUCCAUUAACAAUGAAAAUCAACUACUUAGUAACAUUACUAACGAUGAAGAAUUGUUUAGUUACUUAUGGUCGGACGACACUGCUAAAGCUGAUGCUUCGAGGAGUUGUAGUAAUUAUUAUGGUGUUGGUGGAACAUUAUAUAAUGAAGAUAAUAUUCCCGGCGCCAGAGCAGACUUUCCGAUUUGGUCACCGGAAAGGGUCGGCGGCAAGGAUUUGAUGUUUCUUGAUUACUGCCAAGACUUUGGUGUUCAUGAUUUUGGGUUUUGACUCUUCACCGUGACAUAUUGAAACUCUUACGGAUGAGAACAACCCACAAGCAUUAAUCAUGUUCAUAUAAAUAUAUGUACAUUAUAUGUAUAUAUACACGCAGAGGCGGACCUAUGUUAGUCAAAGGGGUGUCAGGUGACACACCUUUUAUUUAAAAAAAAAAAUUAAUAUAUAUGCACAUUCUGUAAUAUUGAAUGAUUGAACCACGUUUAAUAUAAUUUUGACACACC